AUUUCAACAGGCUGGCCACGUUGAUAACCUGAUAACCUGUCGCGUUGUCCCUCUCGCACCUUAAUCAACUGUCUCUGUGUGUGAAAGCAAUUUUAUUUUUAUUUAUAACAAAUUUGUUGCGUUUAUAAACACAACAGAAUUAAAUAGUUGGCUCGGCACACUUCCUGGAACCGCUCGCAUCAGCUGUUGGGCUGCGGCACUAGUUUACAGACCGACCAACUGCACGCAAAUACAGAUACCAUCAUUUCCAUUUCCCAGUUCACCAGAGAAAGAAACCUGCUGCGAAUUCCAGCCACUUUUCUUCGAUUAUUAUUCGACGCUAAUUGUGUGAAAAUCGGCGGAAUAAAGCUGCUGACGCGACACAGGAGAGCCGGAAAAGCGGUGUGGCACUCGCUGAAAAAUUCUACGCAUAGGAAAAUUCCAUUGGAGGCCCAGUGAGAAGGGGAGCAAACCAAUUGCAUGCCAUGGACUUCUUGUUCGGUUCCCGAUCCAGCAAGACCUUCAAGCCCAAGAAGAACAUCCCGGAGGGCACACACCAAUAUGAUCUCAUGAAGCAUGCGGCAGCCACGCUGGGAUCGGGAAACCUGCGCAACGCAGUGUCCCUUCCAGAUGGCGAGGAUCUCAACGAGUGGGUGGCCGUCAACACCGUGGACUUUUUCAACCAGAUCAACAUGCUGUACGGAACCAUCACGGAGUUUUGCACCGAGGAGACCUGUGGCAUCAUGUCGGCUGGCCCGAAAUACGAGUACCACUGGGCCGACGGUUUGACCGUAAAGAAGCCAAUCAAGUGCAGCGCCCCCAAGUAUAUUGACUAUCUGAUGACUUGGGUUCAGGACCAACUGGACGACGAGACCCUGUUUCCCUCCAAGAUCGGCGUGCCGUUUCCAAAGAACUUUCACUCCUCCGCCAAGACCAUACUGAAGCGUCUGUUCCGUGUGUAUGCGCACAUCUACCACCAGCAUUUCACAGAGGUGGUGACGCUUGGCGAGGAGGCCCAUCUCAACACGUCCUUCAAGCACUUCAUCUUCUUCGUGCAGGAGUUCAAUCUGAUCGAGCGGCGCGAACUGGCCCCGCUGCAGGAGCUCAUUGACAAGCUGACGGCUAAGGAUGAGCGGCAGAUAUAGGAAUCACUGCAUGGAGCCGCGAAUUCCCGGGAUUCCGGCGGCGGUGGUGGUGGUCUGGGCUUGCAGUUGGACUUGUGAUGAAAGCGCUCUGGCAGACUCGUGUAUUACGCUUUAGUUAGUUACCGCCAAUACUUUAUGUUUCGUUCAUUGCUUCAUGGGGUGCCUCCCACAAAAAAAAAAAAGGAAACAAAAAACAGCCAAUUGGCAAUGUGAACCGAACUAUAGCGGGCUAAUUGCUGAUCCAGAGCAACUACUAUAUUUUUAUAUGUGAAACGUAACUUUAAGGAGUAUAAAUCAUAUUUAUAUGUAUAUGUAAAGGAGAAAACAAAAGCAGCAACAGCAACAGCACGCCUUCGAUAACUAACACCUCCCGCUUUCGAGAAACAACCAAUAUUACGUUCACAAACUAUGCGUGUUUCCUUGUUUAUCGUUUUUCUUUCUGUAUGUAUUCUAUGUAUUUAUUACUAUUAAACUAUCGCUAAUUGCUCGCGGUUCAGCGGAUCAAGCGAUUUUGUAAUGCAAACCCCAGCAAUGUGAGGCGACGGCCGACAGCACCCAAUAACUGAUAAUAAUUGUAGACUUGAUAAACAUUUUUGAUACGUUUUAUACUAAUAAAGAGAAUAUUAUGAAUAA